AUUGGAUAUUUAUUUCAACCCUUGGGAAGUAUGCUGUCGGUAUUUAUGACGGAUCCAUUAGGCCGUAAGCGUUCGAUGAUUUUCGUCAAUAUACCACUGGCGCUUGGUUGGUUGAUGAUUUAUCAAGGGGAUUUCUAUUGGAAAAUUCUCACUGGUUGCGCUUUUCUUGGACUGGGAAUCGGUUUGAUGGAAGCUCCUAUCAUUACUUAUCUCGGCGAAAUAUGUGAGCCAUCAACCCGCGAUGUACUGCUUACUUUCACAAAUAUUAGCGGAACAAUGGGAACGUUCACCAUAUAUUUUUUAAAUACAUUGAUGCCAUGGCGUUCCGUGGCAUUAUUUUGCUUAUCAGUUCCAAUGAUUACUGCGGUUGCCGUUUGUUUUAUUCCCGAGACACCGCAAUGGCUUCUCUCGAAAAAUCAAACGGCUGAGGCUGAAAAAUCGCUUCGCUGGCUUCGGGGUUGGGUUUCAAAUCAAGUUGUGGCUCAAGAGUUCCAUUACUUACAGCAACACAUCGAUCGGUCCAAAUCAUGUAGCACGUGUAUUGAAAAAGAUUUAAAAUGUACCCAUGCUCUGCCCACAUUGGCUGAAAAAUUCGGCGAACUGAAGCGAAAACGAACUCUGAAGCCAUUUUUCAUCAUAAUGUCGAUGUUCUUCAUCGCUCAAUUUUCUGGGAUGAACUCAAUGAGACCAUUUUUGGUUCAGAUCUUCAAGGCAUACGAAAACCCAUUUCCACCAGAUCGAACAACGGCCAUCAUGAGUUUUUUGGAAAUCUUCGCAACGCUCACAUUUACGUGUUUGGUUCACUUAAUCGGAAAACGACCUUUCUACUUAGUCAUGUCAUUUGGAAUAUUUAUUUCCACAGCAGUUUUGUCUUUAUAUGGAUUCAUACUGCUGCCAAUGGGAUACAUUUCCUUCGAACGCACACACCAGUCAUUUCACGUGGAAAACACCAUGUUGCCUUAUAUUCCAUUGGUUUGUUUGUUUCUGUGGAGCUUUUUUUCAUAUUGCGGUUUCCUCGCAAUGCCGUGGAUGCUUCUUUCCGAGAUUUUUCCAUUCAAAUCUCGUGGUAUUGCAAGUGGUGUUGCGGCUGCACUCAACUACAUGUUGGGUUUUAUCACACGAAAAACGUAUUAUAAUUUGGAAAUGACACUCUCUUUGCCUGGUGCCUCACUGUUUUACUGUGUCAUUUGUGGCUGUGGAUUCAUUUUGAUGUUCCUAAUUCUACCUGAAACAGAGAAUCACACACUUGAAGACAUCGAACUACAUUUUUCCGAUGACUCGAAGAAAAUCACCGAUCGUACAAUUAUCAAGUCAAAUGACGUAAUACCAUUGAACGAAGUUGGUUGUUCGGUUGAAGAGACAGGUUCAGUCCAAGAAACGGAAAAAGCGAUUGAAAAUAGUCUGAAAAAUGAUUCUGAAUCUGGAAACAGUGUUUCAGACACGAUCCGACAGCAAAAACCAAAAAUACAUUGAUACAUAUGGACACUGAAUGUACAGAAUGUGACAAGAGCGAAACUAGUGAGAAUAUUCAUGAACUAACAUGUAAUCACAAAGUUUCUAUCUUAAUUGCAUUGAAGAACACAACAACAACGCCUGAAAGUAGUCAAAAUUGCAAGUUUCAAUCAUUUAAACAUGAAUAAACAUGUAAAGCACGUACACAUUUCUGAGACGUAAAAAGUCUCAUGCUAUCGGAUCGUGGUUUCAGAAUUGAAUUGUACAAAGCUUUAAUUUCUUUUUAUUGUGAAAAAAUUUAUUAAUAUGCGAAACAGUUGGAACAUAUUCGACAUGCAAUUUUUUUAAAACUCAUUUCAUUUUUCGUUGUUUUGGUUCCUUUACAUUUCUUUCAUUAUUUUCUUUUAAUAUUACUAAGCAAAGAUGGAAUUAUGGUUUUGUGUUUCUGUUUUAUUAAUUUUAAUUUUAAAUCCCUGUGUACAUCUCUGUGAAAUAGAAAACUGGCAAGAGAAUUUAAGCUGAAAUUCCAAUCAUUCGGUUGUUUGAGUAACUUUUGUUACACUUUAUUGAAGAUUGAAUAGGAAUACUUUUUUGCUUAUGAAUAUAAUGAAUUGAUAAACUUUAAUUGUAAAUAUUGAUGCUCUUGUAACUUCACGCUAUUCAUCGAUGUUCGCUUCGACUGUUACGAUCUGACAUAUUGACUUCAGUUUAUUUGGUUGAUGAUGUGUUCACUAUCUACGUUUCAAUUCGACGCGUCGACUUUGCUUCGUUGCUUGUCACUAUUCGCCCAACAGUGCUUUUAAACGGUCGAAUUCAUCGGAAUUUGAAAUGUAAAAGCAAAAACGGUUCACAAACGUGAAUUCAUUUAAGAAAUGAAUGGUUUCGUCGGCUGAGAGAGCAUUCCCAACGAAAUCGAUGUCAUUCAACAAAGGCAAACCAGCGGUGAUUUGCAUCAUGAUACGCUUGCUUCUAUUCGCGCGUGAUUUCAAUUUCAAUUUGAUGAUUGAUUGGUGUUUCUUGAAGAAAUCGAUCGCCUCGUGAAUUAGUACGUAACUCCUCAAAUGCACUUCAACCUCUUGCAAUUGAUCAAACGUGAGGUUGAUGCGUGGUAAUUGAAAUUCAUCAGGGUGGAAAUCGAUAUCCAGCUUUUUGACUGUAUUGAAAUCGGAACUAAACGAAUUUCCAGUGUAAUUGAUAAUUUUGAACUCUUCGAGCACUGGCAGAAAUCGGCUGAUACUUUAAAAUAUUUUGAGAAGUAAGAUCCAUCGAGGUUUAUGCUCUGCAGCUGUGGGUUCAAUCGAAAUGCCGACAUCAAUUUUUCAGUUGCAAAAUAUUCUGUACCAAAAUCACGAUGAACAUAAAAUCGUAUCAAUUGUGGGAAUUGUGUUUCGACGUUGACGUCUGUGAGCUUCGUUUGGAUCGUGAUUGAUUCGAUGUCAGUCUCUAUCUGGGUUAUAUGUUGCUUCAAUCCUUUUCCGUUGUCCACAUCGCGAUGGUGUUUUCGUGUGUAAUUAAUCUUCCGCUGAUCGCUCAUUUUGUUUAAGUGACCUUGAAGAUGAGAAUAGAAUCAAACAGAAAGUGUUAUUCCACUGCUAAGCAGGCCUGAGUUGAGCUAAAUUUGUUCAAUUUUAACGCAUUCACGGUGUAGAUUUUUCGUUGUUUGCAAAUAUCCGCCCUAGUAAAAUUGAGAAACAUUGUGGACCUUCGGUAGCAAUGAAAAUUUUGCUCCGUGAAGGCGUUAUAAUAAAGCUUCAGGCGCCUGAGUCAGCAAAUCUAGCUCAGCUCAGGGAUGCUCAGCAGCGAAAUAACACUCUCUAGAAUAAAAUAAACAUGAGUUUGUUAAUGUUCUGAAAAAGAAUCUGAAUUAAAUUACAAAAAUGUGCGAGAAAAUCGGUUUCUUGUGAAAUGACCCAGUUUCCAAAUGAAUAUUGAUUUUGAGGUCAUAGUUCAAGUCAAGUUAUUCGAAGCCUCAUUGCAUGUAUGAUCAUUAUAAG